AUGGGCGCAAUCGAUAUACCGGAGUUGCAAGAGCUGAUCUCCAAGGUUGAGGCGUACGAAGAUCGACUCAGAAACCUCGAUUCAAGGAAGACUGCAUCAGAUGCUCCUCCAGAUAAUGACAACGGAGAUACGCUUCUCAGUCCUCGAGCAACCGUGCCGCUAUCAGACUAUCUUCAGCCUCCAUCGCCAGCUCCAGACGAGCAGAACACGUCCCCUCAUGGCUCAGCAGAUUUAACUGAACGCGCAAGAGGCCCGGCUUAUGAAUCCAGAGUUCGAUACCUCCUCGGUCGAAGUCAACAGCAGGCCAUCCAGAAUCAUCGGCCGAUCCGAGACUCGUCAAGCGAUGGCCGCCAGAACACACAUGCGCUCGCCUUGCAGACUCCUGCCGAGCCCCUUCAAAGCUGGCUAGACAACGCCCCUCGUUUCGCUCUGCCCACAGAAGCAGAAUCUGGAAGACUGCUGGAACUGUUCCUUUUCCACCUCGGCACGAACCAGCAGUUCUUCGAUCCCCGUUCCUUUGUCGACAAGGUAGCAACGCUCUAUCAGGGCCCUGCCGCGCGUGAGGCAACUGCGAAAACAGCAUGGUAUAUUGAGUACCUCUUGGUCAUGGCGACUGCUAGUCUGAUGGACUUCAAUACUGAAUCUGCGGAGACACACCGUGGGUUCGACUACUUUGCGGAAGCUAUGAGGAUAUUGCCCCCAAUGCACCGGUUCGAUGUUCCGGAUAUACUUGUUGUGGAGAUUCUCAUGUUGAUUGCUGUGUAUCUGCAAUGGCGCAAUCGGAAGCCGGAUGCAUAUCUAUACAUCGGAUACGCUGUUCGCCAGGCCAUCGGGAAAGGCUGCACACUCGCAAAGCCGCCCCGAGGCUGUCUUCCUUCUGAAGAAGCACAUCGAGUCCGUGUAUGGUGGACCGCUUUUAUGCUUGACCGACGUCUUUCCGCAGACUUGGGCCUUCCAUCCUCGGCUGAUGAUAGACAAUUCUCGGUGCCACUUCCACGCCAAACCCCAGGCUUUCCGUCCCCUGAGGCCUUAAUUAUCAAUAUCAAGAUUGCUCGGGUCACCGGAAACAUCAUGACGUAUCUCUAUAACGAUGCCGAGAUUACUAGUCCGAAGCUGGUCCAAAGCAUCCAGAGCUACCUCCAAGAACUGUACGAGAUCGGUCGUUCGAUGCCCCUCGAGUACUCUAUCAAUGUCACUCAUUCCUACCCAGGAGUGACAAGAACCGGGGGCUCCCUGUACCUCAUGCUAUAUCAGGCGAUUAUCCUGUGUGCUCGACCAAUACUGCUCCAGCGUGUUCGGGACAAGAUAUCCUUGCCGUCAAAUACCAUCAACAGCGUGCGGAUUCUGUAUGGCCUGAGAAGAAACGAGAUGAUAGCUCGCUUCGGCUUUUUCGAUCUGGAGGCCGCUUUCUCGGCAACGCUCACCCUCAUAAUGUCUGCUUUCAUCGACAAUAUCAGCCUACGGAACAUGAUGCCAGAGCUACAACAAGCUGUAGAGGUGUUGCGGUACCUCUCAGAUGCCGGAAAUAAAGCAGCCGAGCAGAGACUUGCGGACCUCGAUCAAUUCGCUGCCCAUGUCUGGGUUGAACAGUCCCCUAUAUCAAGCAUCUUGAGCCACGAAAUCGAUUUGAUGAACUCAGAGGACUCGGAGAUGCGCGAGCAGCAGAGAGGAUCUGGCAGUGAAGCGCCAAUGGAGGACGACACUCAAAAUAUCAACGUGUCCCGAGCCGAGACGGUCAAUUUUGGCGCGGACGGUGCUUUCGUCCCGCCAGAGCAGUCGAUCUUCGGAAACGACGCGGGCUUUCAGCACGGCUUCAACUUCGAGAUGUAUCCGCCUCCGGACACUAACAUCAUCUUUGGGAGCUUCAAUGAUCCGAAUAUGCCGCUGACGGGAGUGGAUGAGCUGGAUUGGGCAGAAAUUGAACGUAUAUUUAUAGCCUAA